AUGGUUAUUAAUAGCCCAAUGAUUGAAAGUCCAAUAGUUGAAAGCCCAAUGGUUGAAAGCCCAAUGGUUAAAAGUCUAAUCGUUGAAGACUUAAUUAUUAAAAGCCUGAUAAAAGAGAUUCAAAUCGAGGUAAACCAAACGGAUAAAACAGAAGAGGCAUUACAUAAAUUUGAAACAAACCUUACAGAACUUGAAGCAAAUUUUGAAGAGGAUAUUAAUCGAGAUCACUGGUCAGAAAUUGAUCCUUUUACAGUUAUUGAUGACACAGAUGAACAAGAGAUAGUCCAGCCUUCUACAGUUAUUGAUGAAUUUGAUAAGGUUCUUUUGCAACAGUUUUAUAAUAAAGUGGCAAAGCUAAAACACAAAUCUUGUCCCAUAUGCAAUGAACGUUUUUCAUCAAUAACACUUGCUGUGAAAGAAUGUCGUCGUUGCUAUAAUGAGAAAACCUUACUAAAGAAAUUCUCAUUUGAUAACGAUAUGGAUCCAAAAAAAGUACCUGAAGAGUUUAAAGAACUUACUGAAAUUGAAGAGAUGUUAAUUGCACAAGUUUUUCCUGUUAUAGUGGUUUACAGGCUUUGUAAAGGACAGCAUAGAUAUAGAGGAAAUGUCAUCAAUUUUUCUCAAGAUGUAGAGAAAUUUACUACUCGUCUCCCUUGGCAUCCAUCUUCAUUAAAUGUGCUUAUUAUAUGUCAGCAAUCCAAUAGAGACCUAACAGUAUUUAGAGAUUUUAAAUUAAAGAUGAACAACACUUAUUAUUCAGAUAUUAUUAUAGAUGAUGAAAAUCUUCAAUCUCUGCUAGAAGACAGUUUUAUUAACGAUCAACUUCAAAUUAAUCAAUUAGUAAACAAUGAAUUUAAUGAAGAAAAUGAAAAAAAUGUAAUUACAAGUACCUUUGUACCCUUCUUGCUACAAUUUCAAAAAGUGUAUAAACUCAAUACCAUUCAGCAUCAAUCUGAUAACUCUGAAGAACAAAAGAAAUUUAGGGAUAUUCUCUUACGAUUGCACAAUGGCAAAUCGACUAUUACAGACUGGAAAACACUUGAUAUUAAUUUAAUAAAUACUGAUAAACUAAGAUCAUUAAACAUUCCUGAUACAAAAAUUCUUGCAGUACAUCAAAGGGGUGGUAAAGAAGCUAAAAAUGCAGAUUCAGAUGAGGCAGGAGGUCUUGAGGUAGAAUUAUUGUUAAGCAGAGGUGCAAGUAUUAUGCUAACUGCAAAUCUAUGGACAGAAGCUAGAUUAGUUAAUAGUUCAAUGGGAACUAUUCAAGACAUUUUGUUUGAAGAAGAUCAAAGUCUACCUUUACAUCCUAUAGCAGUUUUUAUCAUAUUUGAUAAUUAUACAGGACCUAUUAUAAGUACAGUAAAUGGCACAAAAGUUAUCCCGAUUGUACCAAUCCAACGUAAAUAA